CAAUCCAAUUUCUUUUCCUCCUAAUUUCGCAAACAACCCCUUGAAAAAAGGGACUCUUUGUUGUGUUAUGGGUGGAUAUGGGGGUCCGGGCUAGACAGUGCCACAACUCAAUUUCACAAACACUAAACAGCUGGAUUGGAGUGGAGUGACGACGCGAUUAACCCAACAAACUUCAAAAACAAAAAAAUCUACUCUCUCAAAUGAAACUUUCGAUAACAAUGUUACACUUAACCUACGUUGGACCUUUGAAUAUCUAAAUACGUUUGCAGUAUGAGUCAGCUUUUUAAUAAACAUCGAGACUAUUUAUCAUGUGCUAAUGAAGUUUUUCUUCGUUUUCGUUUUGGUAAAAGUGCUAUUGUUAAAUCGACAGGUCAUCUGGCUCUGAUCCUAGGAAUAAUGCAUUUUACUGCAUGAUGCCUAAGUUAAAAGGACUGCCAGUUUUCACCUUACCAUCUAGUAUCAAAUUCUACGUCGACGAUGUAUCCUCUCAUAAACAAAUUUUGACUAUCUACAAUCCCUACGAUUUUCGUCUCAAAUUUCAAGUAUGCCUUGAAAAAUCGGCACGUCGAGACAAAUACACUGUCGUGGAUUCGGAAGGAACCAUAAAAUCAAAAUGCUGUGUCGAUAUUGUAAUUCGACAUUUAUAUGCUGUUGCGUCCAACGUCAAUGUUGUAGACAGAUUCAGCAUAGAUGUAGAAUCGUUUCCAACAAAACAGUUCAGCGGUAGACAAAUAAUCACAGCAACAUUGCUCAGUACCAAAGAAAAUGUCGGAAGGGAAACUCCCGAAAUCGACGCUUUUCAGCAAUUUCCUAGGAGUGAAAUUAAACAUACACAACCGUCUUAUGCACUAAUCGCACAAAAUAGAAACGUCGAUAAGGGAACAAAUUACGUGGCACUAAUAGCAGGACUAAUUUGUAUAGCUGGUUUAUUUCUUCCAACUGAAGGAGAAGGAAAUCCCAAUAUACCAGAGUGCCUACACCUCGCCGUAAAUUUCAAGCUGAUAUUUGCAUUUGUUCUAGGAAUGGCCACAAUCAUCACAUUGAGGCUUUAAUUUAAGGGCACAAUUAACUUCCCUUUCGACAUAAGAUGUAGAUAAAUUCCUACUACAAGUGUAGUAAAUUACAUCUCUUAAUCUCAGGUGACAAGUGAGUGACAAAAAUGCAUCUGGGAAAUGCAUCGCGAAUUUUAAACCAUCGACUAUGUACGAAAUCUUGUUUCCUUUUCGACUGAACCAGUAAAUCGUCAUAAUGCAAAUGAAUAUUUAUACACUUUACCAUAUAAUAUUGUAUGUGUCGACUGUUUACAUUUAUGAUUUUCGAGUUUUUUUUUUAUACACUUGAUCUCUAGAAUAUAUUUUACGAAGAAUGUCUUGCGUGUAUGUACAAAGUCUUUCCUAAGUUAAAAUGGUCGGAAUUUGAUCCCAUUGGCUGGAUGUACUCAAGAAAAAGGCUCCAGAAAAAAAUUACUUUUACGUUUUUUUGGAAUGGAGGAAAUUCUUUCGAUUCUAAGAUUUGAAACUAACGCGUUUUUGGUUGUGUUACUGUCGGGAUUUUACUAUUUCUCAAGAAAAUGAAAGUUGUACCGCAAUCCUUUCAUCAAAGGAAUUUUAUGUGCUACAGUGAUCCUGAUCAAAUUUUUUACUUCUACUUGUAACAUUUACAAAUAUACUGUGUAUAUUAUUGUA